AUGUCCAACAACGACUCUCCCGAGUAUCUGCCGAGCAGCGAGGACGAGAUCCAGCGCUUGCUGCAGCAGUGCGCCAUGCUGCAACGCGAGAUCGACAGCCUGCGCGAAGCCCUCGCCGAUGUACGAGAAGAGCGCGACGGCCUGAGCAAAGACCUCGCCGAAGCGAGGGACCCGCACACCUCCCUGCAGCGCGAGAACGUCGACCUGGGGUUCGGGAUCCAGGCGCAUCGUGAACGCAGGGAGGUGCGUAACGCACAUGGCUCGCUGUCCCACACCCACGACGCGCUGCAGGACGAGCACGACGAGCUGCGCGCCAAGUACGAGGCGCUGUGGAUCCAGCACAGCGAGCUGUGGGCCAAGUACGAGGCGCUGCGGCCCAAGGCUGCUGCCCAGGCCCAGGCCGGAUGGCCUGACAGCAAGAUCAAGAACGACCUGCGCAGCCCGCGCAGCCCGCGCACCCCGCGCACCCCGCAUACGCCGACGUUCCCGCCGCCCCCGUCGCGCUCUGACAUCGCAGAGACGUGGCGCUCCACGAAGGGCCUCACCCUGCCUGCCGUCCCGCGCGCCGAGGACGACAGCAGCGACAGCGACAGGACGGUCAUGCCCACCGGCAGCACGCACACCCGCCACUUGUCCGCCGACUCGUUGGCGCGCGGCUUCCAGGGCUCGUCGGACCAGCCCGAGGCGAGCACGAGCACGUAUGUGGCGCGCGGCCCGUCCGCCGCGCCCCGCUCGCCCCAGAACCGCCCGACGCCGUGCCGGUUCUACGCCGGCGGCGGCUGCCGCAGGGGCAACAAGUGCUGGUUCAGCCACGACUCUCACAACCUGUGGGUCAACAAGGACAAGGACCAGAACCUGGACAAGGGCAAGGGCAAGGGCAAGGGCAAGGGCAAGGGCAAAGCCAAAGCCAAAGAGCUGUAG